UGCCGCUGCCACUGCAUCAUUUCUGACUCAGGUCCGACGCCUUCCACCGUAUAAGACCAUACACACCAAUACAUCUUUCUUCUCGGCCCACAUGUCUCCCCUCACUCAAAGAGGAAGCCCAUACGAAAUCGGUAUUGUCCUAACCUUUGGCAUUCUUAUUGCCCUCAAAGGCAUUUUUCACUACCGUGACCAGCCCAGCCGGAAAGAACGCAUGUACGGCAAGAACCUUACAGCGAAGUAACGGCUAUCAUCCUCCAACCAAGCAACCACCAAGCGGCAUCUACCGAGGACUCCCGGCGACAUGAAGAGAACCCAUGCAGAUGCGCUCAAGACCAUAUACCUCGGUCCUGUGAUCCACUCCGCACGACAACUGGUUUCGCAGGCUUGGUUGGGGCUGAAGGGAGUUCCAAGGGCUGGUCCGAAGAAGAGGGACAAGCCAAGAAGGAAGCAAGACUUGGACGGGGUUUGGAGCAACUUGGUGUGCGUCCCGUCGAGACUGGAUCUGACAAGAUGAAUGAACUCCAGGGUCCUUCGACCAAUGGUCCAGCAAUUACACGUACGAUCAUGUACAAGCACGACGAGAGCGAGGAGAAUCAGGUAGAGGGAUCCAAACUUGGAGCUGGACACAAAGUCGCCCAUAUCUACGAGCUCCUGGAGCAAAUAUUGCUUAGUGUAGCCCCCAGAGAUCUUUUGGUGUCACAAAAAGUGUGUGUGGCUUUCAGGGAUAUAAUCAUCGGAAAUCCAAGGAUAAGAACGAACUUCCUCAUGACUCUUGAUGAGUUUUCUGAAACUUCCAGUUGGCCGAAUCCAAUGCCCAGUCUCUUCCGAACGAUCGAGAUGCGUUGGUGCUACAGUGCUAUCGUAGCCAAGCGGAGAUUGCGUUAUGUCCUUGUCCAAGUCGACAGUCAGGAGCUACUCAGCGGGAAGUGGAAGCAAGACGGAAGCUGGAGGAACAUGCUUUUGACCACUGCCUAUCUGCAAAGCAUCCGAAUGCACAUUGAUGGGAAAAGUAGGGAUUUUCCAGUGAAAAGAAAUGCCUCUCGAUUGAGGCAGGACGUUAGUCCGAUGGCUGCCUUCGACUGCAGCUGCGAAUGGGGCACGAACACCACAGACUACCCGGUCGGCAUCAAGCUCGGUGAUCUAGCGGACCUCGCGCAUGAGUUCGGUGUGGGUGGUACUGUGCAGUUUAGUGCAUAUCUCUCUGACCACGGCAAGGCCUUGUCAUGUGUUGAAGUAUAGUGGACUGGGUCCCUCGCUUCGCUGCCAGAAUUGCGGAUUGGAAGAGCGCAACUGCUAGCUUCAUAUACGUAAAUCCCAACAAGCAAAUUCUUAUUCAUGCCUACCCUUGU